CCCGACCGACUACUACUGUGAGCGUUUGGUGCUGGCCGCGGGACUUUCUGCUGCAUUCCGAGGCUGCAACCAAGACCACACAUCCACCACAACCCACCAAACCACCACACCAUCCACCACUAUCAUGGCCUUCCACACCACCACCAACACCUUCACCACAGACAACAACAACAAGGGCCCACCACCACCAACAGUCUCCCUGGGCACUGAUGAAGCUAUCCACUACUGGCUCUUCCCUCACCACCCUGAUGGCUCCCGGGUCACGCAGAGGAGCCAGCUGGAGGCACUCGUGGACAAGCUGAUGGCUAACGUUGCUCAGUACACACACUCCUACAUCUGGCACCACCAUGCGUUUGCCCUGAGGGUGUGCGGGUGUGACGAGGAGGAAGAGGAGGAGGAGGAGAAGAACCAGAGGAAGAGGAGGCAGCUUCAUGAGGAGGAGGAAGAAGGGCAAGGUGCGUUGGGGCCUCAUCUGGCGGGCAGCACCUGUGUGGGCGACUACCUGGAGGACGAGUGGUUCAUUACCUACCUGCUGCUCACCCUGACGAAGGACUUCCCUGGCCUGGUGUGCCGAGGGACCUUUAAGAAACAUGGUCCCCGCAGCUACCGGGUUAAUUAAGAUGACCUAGAGGGGCAAGCAGGUCUGGGAUGGCACAAGCAGGUGUUCAAGAUCUAUGCCCCUUCACCAGAUGGCCUUGUUACAACACCACAAUUCUCUUUAACCCUGUAAGUGCUGAAUGCUUGCAGCAAUCACAUGGGACACUUGGACCAUGGUGCUAAAUGCUCGCUAUGAUCCACAGUCAGUUUCAAAUCUCCUGUGGGGCUUCGUGGUGCAGUGGUUAGUACACUCGGCUCACAACCAAGAGAGCAUGGGUUCGAUUCCCGGGCGGAGUGGAAAAAUUUGGGCGGCUUUUCCGAUACCCUACGCCCUGUCCACCCAGCAGUGAAUGGGUACCAGGUAUUAAUCGGGGGUUGUGUCUCUCUCCGGCAUAUGACCACAGAUGUUGCGCCGACUAAACAAAACUUUCCAACUUUCAAAUCUCCUGCUCGCAAUACAUUUUCCAGCACCAUUCCACACUCCAUUGCAACGUUAUUCUGAUUGGUCCAUGUCAUACGAUUGUCUGUCCUUGCACACACCAUCACCCACACAACCACACCCCCAGACGUGAAACAGCCGCCCUUUGUGUGUUACCAGAACAGGAUGAAUUGCAUCUUGCCUAUUUAUCUGUCGUAACCUUCAAAUGACAGCAAGAAUUAUAUACUGAACUAUACUAAAUAUAAUACUAUAGUACUUUUUUUUUUUAUUUUAUUUAUUUA